CCCGGCGUCUCCGGGCGCUGGAGCGCGGCGACACUGCCGCCGCGGGAAGGACGGACAGACGCGCCGCCGGACCCUCCGCGGCCAUGGCCGAGCGCGCCGCUCGCCCCUGCUGCCUGGGCUGGGACUUCAGCACGCAGCAGGUGAAAGUUGUUGCUGUUGAUGCAGAGCUGAAUGUGUUCUAUGAGGACAGUGUGAAUUUUGACAGAGACCUUCUAGAAUUUGGGACUCAGGGUGGAGUUCAUGUUCAUGAAGACGGGCUGACAGUGACCUCUCCAGUCCUGAUGUGGGUCCAGGCUCUGGAUAUCAUCUUGGAGAGGAUGAAGGCUUCGGGCUUCGACUUCUCUCAAGUCCUCGCCCUGUCUGGGGCGGGCCAGCAACAUGGAAGUGUAUACUGGAAGGCUGGGGCCAGCCGGGUGCUGACAAGCCUGUCACCAGACCUCCUAUUACAUAAGCAGCUACAGGCCUGUUUCUCCAUCAGGGACAGCCCGGUGUGGAUGGACUCCAGCACCACAGCCCAAUGCCGUGGGCUGGAGGCCGCUGUGGGCGGGGCCCAGGCUCUCAGCUGCCUCACUGGCUCCCGUGCCUAUGAGCGUUUUACAGGAAACCAAAUUGCAAAGAUUUACCAGCAGAAUCCCGAGGCCUACUCACAGACAGAGAGAAUUUCUUUGGUCAGUAGUUUUGCUGCUUCCCUCUUCCUUGGGUCUUAUGCCCCUAUCGACUACAGUGAUGGUUCUGGAAUGAAUUUGUUGCAGAUCCAGGACAAAGUCUGGUCGCAGGUUUGCCUUGGCGCGUGUGCGCCUCAUUUAGAGGAGAAGCUUGGCACACCCGUACCGUCGUGCUCCGUGGUGGGAGCCAUUUCUUCCUACUACAUCCAGUGCUAUGGAUUUCCUCCAGGAUGCAAAGUGGUGGCCUUCACUGGGGACAACCCUGCGUCGCUGGCAGGCAUGAGGCUGGAGGAGGGUGACAUUGCGGUCAGCCUGGGCACCAGCGACACCCUAUUUCUCUGGCUCCAGGAGCCCGUGCCCACCCUGGAAGGGCACGUCUUCUGCAACCCGGUUGAUGUCCAGCACUACAUGGCACUCCUGUGCUUUAAAAAUGGCUCCCUCAUGAGAGAGAAGAUCCGUGAUGAGUCCGCUUCCUGUUCCUGGAGUGAUUUCUCCGAGGCACUGCGGUCCACGGAGAUGGGCAACGGCGGGAAUCUGGGUUUUUAUUUUGACGUAAUGGAGAUCACCCCUGAAAUUAUUGGGCGCCAUCGGUUUAGUGCAGAAAACCGACAGGUCUCAGCAUUCCCUAGGGCUGUGGAGAUCCGGGCACUGAUUGAAGGGCAGUUCAUGGCCAAGAGGAUCCAUGCCGAGGGCUUGGGCUACCGAGUCAUGCCCAAGACAAAGAUUUUGGCCACUGGAGGGGCAUCUCGCAACAGAGAAAUCUUACAGGUGCUUGCAGAUGUGUUUGGUGCCCCAGUGUAUGUCACAGACACUGCCAACUCGGCCUGUGUGGGCUCUGCAUACCGAGCUUUCCACGCUGGAACAGACGUGCCCUUUUCAGAGGUUGUGAAGUUAGCCCCAAAUCCCAGAUUAGCUGCUACCCCAACCCCAGGAGCUGCUCAGGUCUACGAGGCCCUUCUCCCGCAAUACGCCGAGCUUGAGCAGAGAAUCCUGUCCCAGACCCGGUGGCCUCCAGAGUGAAUUCCUCAGGCCCAGGCACCCCUGUUAGCCCUGCCUGCCCAGGCUCACUGAUCCCACUUUGAGCCAUGCUCCUCCUGGACAGCAGGGAUCCUCUUCCCUGUCCUGAGUGACUCUGCCUGCCCACCUGACUCCUUGCGGUGCUCCAGCCCUGCCCGGGACCACCUGAAACCCGCCUUAGCACAUCUUCCUGAACAUAAAUGGGCUGAUUCUGUGCCCUUGUGCCCAGGGCAGGAAAGCAUCUGUCUUUUCCUGUCCUUUAUCUUGGGAGGCAAGAUAAAACAGUGAGUCUGGGAUAUGUCCAGUAAAAAUUGUGACUUUGCCCCUUUCAAAUGCAGAAGUAAAGCUAAUAUAGGGACCUAAUCAGCAGAACAGGGGAGACAAAGCUAUCCCCCAUACCCCCACCCUAGCAACCUCUUCCCCAACUCUGACUCUUUGGCUACUUCUCCUCAAACUGUAACCCACAGCCACCUGCCCCCCCCCCUACUGUGACCCUGUGGUCCAUCCUCCCUCCUCCAACGCUGACCCCCUCAACUGCUUCCUCCCUCCUCAUUUCAGUGUCUGAAGGGCUUCCUAGUGUCUUCCUAUCUUGUCUUCCCUGUGCUAACCCCUCCAUCAAGUUUUUGCCCUUCUCACCUCCCAGCUUCUGUCCCCUCAUCCUCUGUGAUCUCUCCUCCCUCCCCAUGCCCACCUUAACUCAUUACCUCCCACCCAAAAAGCUUGACAGGGCUGAUGACCAAGCUUCCUGUCCUCUCCCAUCAGCUCUGCCCACAGGCUGCCUGACUCCCUGGCACACGAGACCACUUGCAGGGGCCCUCUCCCAGGUAGUACAGGGCAGCACCUCCCUCCCUCCAUCCCUUCCUUCAGGGAGCAUUUCUCUAAUUCUGGAUUUUGUUGAUUCUUUUUCCGGGGUGUCAUUUAACAUAUUCUCUAUCUUCUGUAUUUCCUAUAAAUUGGUGAUUGGAUCUAAUACAGAGCUCCUCAACCUCAGUACUAUUGACAUUUGGGGCUGGGUAAGUUUUGGUUGUGGGGGGCGGGGCAGCAGGGUCACUGGCCUCGACCCACCAGAUACCAGUAGCACGCCCUCCCCAAGUCAUGAGAAUCCAAAAUGUCUCCAGGCAUUGCCACAUUAUCUCCUGGUGGGGAUGGGAAGGCAAAAUUGCCCCUGGUUCAUAACCACUGACCUAGAGGCUUGAUCUGAUGCACGUGGGAUUAUUUCCCUUUUUAUGUCAGACAAUUUCAUAAAAUGGUGCUGUGUUCUUCCAUUGGGAGACCCAUAUGUCUGGUUUUAUCUCAUUUGGGGGAUGUUCAAUCCUAGCUCCAUUAGUUCACUAGGGAUACCGUUUUGUUAUUCCUCUUCAUUUAUUACCCGGGAUUCUUCUGUGUGAGAGACAUUCCCUGCCCAAUUACCCAAAAGAGCUAGGAGAGGCUGGAUAAAUACUUUCCUCUGUUUACCAGUUUUCAAAAUAAUGGGUUGAUUCCCAAGCAUCCUCUAACAGCAAGUAGGUUUUUAUUUCUAGUGUCAAUACCAUACAUUUAAUAUAUUUUAUGUAUUUUAAUCCAUUACAGUAAUUAUUUCUGUCCUUGUCUUCUUUUUUGAUAGUCAUUCUUCCCAACUUUUCUCCUGCUUUCCUGAGCUUUCAUUCCUUCUUCUUUACUGAUAGUAAUGCUCUGUGUAGUCCUUAAUUAUUGCUGGUCCCCAAAUUUUUAUCCUCAUCUCUCUUUCUCUCCCAUUCUAUCUUCUCUUGUUGGAUAAUUUCGUCUCUUCUUGGGUUUCAACCACUGCUUCUAUGCCAGGAACACCCAGACCUAUGCUUUCAUCCAGAACUUUCCUUGGAGUCUAUUAGAAUUCUCAGAGGGGUACUUCAGACUCCACUUAUCUUCCCUUGCCCUUCCCCAAACCUCCUCUCGUGUUCCUGUUUCAGUGAACUGGCACCACCGUUCAUCCAUCCAUUCACUGAAGAACCCAAACCUCAAAUGCAGAUGUCCUCUCCCUUUCCCAUGUCAGAUCAGUCACCAAGUGAGUUUGGUUAUUCCUUUGUUAACUCCUAAAGCAGUUCCUUUCUCUCCUUCCCUCCCGUUUUACUUUGGAUCCUUUUAUUCCUUGCUCAACGUAUCACAAAAGCCUACAAAUAAAGUCCUGUGUGAUCUGCUUCCUGCAGAAUCCCUCAAAUUUUACCUCUGCUGCAAGCCGUUGCCUAAACUGGAACUUCAGUUAAACCAGACUGCUUGUGGUUUCCAUCCAGAGUGGAAAAAUGCUGCAAACCAGGUCUGGGACCUGGUCAAUCAAGGCAGUGGAGAGGGGGACGUCAAAGGAAGAGGUUUAGAAAAUGAGUGGGACCAGCAGCAUCACUUCUGAGAGAGAUGAAGUCAUCUUGAAAGGAAGUGGUGUCCCUAGCAGGCUUGGUGGAUGAAGGGGAGAAAGAAAGCAGAAAGCUGAAGAUAACAGCCUAUCAAUAGCAAGUCAAAGAUUCAGAAGAAAAUGGACAACUUUCCCACUCCUACUACCUAGACAUUACUCAUUAAAGAAAUUUUACAACAUUGACCAACAGAAAAAGAUUCUCUUGGACCAAGAAACAGCGAAAGCCACUCAAUCAAUCCAUUUCCCAUUUUACCUCUUCCCUCAUAGAGUUGCCUGUUAUUGCAAGCGUGUCAACAUAAAUAGAACAAGGAAUUCACUGUGUAUACAAAUACAGGAAGAAAACAAAGAAUCAUAACUUUUCAAGCUGAUGAAAUACUCCAAAAUAAAGAGAACAAAAGAGAGUAAACUGUAACAACCCUCCAACAUGAACUCUAAAUUUUGAAACAAUUGUGGAUAUGAAAGAUACCACAGUUCAGAAAAUUUAAAACUCAGAAUAAAAAUGAAAAAGCAGAGGGCGCCUGGGUGGCUCAGUUGGUUAAGCGACUGCCUUCGGCUCAGGUCAUGAUCCUGGAGUCCUGGGAUCGAGUCCCGCAUCGGGCUCCCUGCUCGGCAGAGAGUCUGCUUCUCCCUCUGACCCUCCUCCCUCUCAUGCUCUCUGUAUCUCAUUCUCUCUGUCUCAAAUAAAUAAAUAAAAUCUUAAAAAAAAAAAAAAAAGAAAAAGCGGGGGGCGCCUGGGUGACUCAGUCAUUAAGCGUCUGCCUUUGGCUCAGGUCAUGAUCCCAGGGUCCUGGGAUCGAGCCUCACAUCGGGCUCCCUGCUCAGCAGGAAGCCUGCUUCUCCCUCUCCCUCUGCCCCUGCUUGUGUUCCCUCGCUUGCGUUCUCUCUCUCUGUCAAAUAAAUAAAAUAAAAUCUUAAAAAAAAAAAAAAAAAGACAAAGCGGGGUGCCUGGGUGGCUCAGUCGUUAAGUCUGCCUUCAGCUCAGGUCAUGAUCCCGGGGUCAUGGGAUCGAGCCCCGCAUCGGGCUCCCCGCUCCGCAGGAAGCCUGUUUCUCCCUCUCACACUCCCCCUGCUUGUGUUCCCUCUCUCGCUGUCUUUCUCUCUGUGUAAAGUAAAUAAAUAAAAUCUUUAAAAAAAAAAAAGAAAAAGCAACAGGGAUAUGUGAAAAGAGAAAUGACCAAGCUUGGGAAACAAUUUGAACAAAAAAUUAAAACCAUCAUAGAUAUGAAGACAAAAUCACAACAUAUUCAAAUAAAAAUAGAGAUGACUACAAUUACAGUAAA